AUGAUCCAUCGACUUGCUUUUGCCUGCGGUUUGCUGGCAGCCAUUGCUGUCCAGGCUAUGCCUGCUGAGCCCGCUCAUCCCAUGGUGACUGAAGCACCUGACGCCAAUAUUAUUGACAAGAGAACGACGACUUGCACCUUUUCCGGCUCCGAAGGUGCAUCCAAGGCCAGCAAGUCCAAGACAUCUUGCUCCACGAUUUACCUUUCCGAUGUGGCUGUCCCAUCUGGCACCACCUUGGAUCUCACGGACCUCAAUGACGGUACCCACGUCAUCUUCCAAGGAGAAACCACAUUCGGCUACGAAGAAUGGAAGGGCCCUCUGGUGUCUGUUUCUGGGACCGAUAUUACCGUCGAAGGUGAGAGUGGCGCCGUCUUGAAUGGUGAUGGCAGCCGAUGGUGGGAUGGAGAGGGCGGGAAUGGUGGCAAAACCAAGCCCAAGUUCUUUUAUGCCCAUGACUUGACCUCUUCCACUAUCAAGAGUAUCUACGUCGAGAAUUCUCCUGUUCAAGUCUUCAGUAUCGAUGGAUCCACCGAUCUCACCAUGACUGACAUUACCGUGGACAACACCGAUGGUGAUACGGAUGACCUUGCUGCCAAUACUGAUGGAUUUGACAUUGGUGAAAGCACCUAUAUCACCAUCACGGGUGCCACAAUCUACAACCAGGAUGACUGUGUUGCCAUCAACUCCGGAGAGAAUAUCUACUUCAGCGCUAGUGUCUGUUCUGGUGGCCACGGCCUGUCGAUUGGCUCGGUUGGUGGCCGUGAUGAUAACACUGUCAAGAACGUCACCUUUUAUGAUGUCAAUGUGCUCAAGUCCCAGCAAGCCAUCCGUAUCAAGACCAUUUACGGCGAUACCGGCUCCGUCAGCGAAGUAACCUACCACGAGAUCGCCUUUUCCGACGCCACAGACUACGGCAUCGUCAUCGAGCAGAACUACGACGAUACCUCCAAGACCCCCACCACGGGUGUUCCCAUCACCGAUUUUGUCCUCGAGAACAUUAUCGGAACGUGUGAAGAUGAUGACUGCACCGAGAUCUACAUUGCGUGCGGUGAUGGAAGCUGUUCUGACUGGACCUGGACCGGCGUGAGUGUCACUGGUGGCAAGGUCAGCGAUGACUGCCUCAACGUUCCUUCGGGAAUCAGCUGCGAUUUGUAA